UUCACGUACAUUCUUACUUAAGAAUGUUUGCUUGGAUUUUAUUCUUUAUAAAUUUUCAUUUUGCAACUAGUAUUUAUCAAGUGGUUAAGGAAGAAAAAUCGUGGGAUGAUAGCCAAAAGUAUUGUAACCUGAACAAUGGUAAACUUGCUCAUGUCUAUAGCAUGGAUCUUAUACCUGACAGCUGGAAAAAUAACAAUGGGUUCUGGGUAGGAGGUUUACUGAAUGACCAAGGAUUUAAUUGGAUUACUAAAACGAAAGGAAAAGACGCAGAAAUUCCUUUAGAACCGCUGAUAUAUCAUAGGAGAUGUUACAGACCGUCAUUUAUAUUGGGAGGUCAUUCUAUUCAGGAUUUGUCAGCCGAAGAAUGUUUCAAGCAAUGCAAGUGGAAAGGUGUAAUUGGACUUAAAAGUUUUUACUGUUUAUGUGAAGAAAACUUACGAAAUGUUAGGCGUACAGCGGAUGACCAUUGUGAUGUAACUUGUGAUGGGAAUCCAUCCGAAUUAUGUGGAGGACCGAAAGGGGUAUCCAUGUACAAUCUCAAUAACAAGGCUGUGUUAUGGGGAUCGAACGAGCCAAAUGAUAACUACGAAUGUGUUUACAUUCGGAAGCAGCACGACCAGAAUACUUUACUAUGGUUUACUUCAUCCUGUAAUAUGAGACUGAGAUAUAUCUGUUAUUUUGAAGACCACGAAGCGUGUGGUGUGAAGAAGUACUGUCUAAGAUCGUCCAUUCAACCUGACACGUGGCAAGCGUCAAUGGAAGGUUGUCGUCUGCUUAAUGGUACAACUGCCAUAGUUGACGUCACUAUGAUGUAUGACAAUGAGGAUACAAGUCUGCUUCCACCAGGAGAAUAUUGGGUUGGAUUAAAGCGUUCUCGUCGAUGGGAAUGGACCAAUGGAUUACCGAUAUCUGCCAGUCUGUUCCGCCAUCGACAAACAUUUGCUGUCAUUGAUAAGUGUGUAGCUUUGUCUAAUGUAGAUGGUUCACUUGGUCUUGUGCCUUCUUCCUGUUUGGAGAAAAGACCUUUUAUUUGUCAGUACGACAUAAGGGAUAGCGAAGCACACAAAAUCAAACAUUCUGACACAAUGCAAAGUUACGGAGCGACAACAAGAACAUUUCUGAUAUCACAAAAUAUGACCAGCACGCGGACACCACAUAUGGACGCAGAAAUACUGAUUAGAAAAAGCCGAAACGCCUCAAACUCGAGUGAUCCAAAUAAUUCAGAAAGCACGGAGGAUUAUCAAACAUUCUUGUAUAAGUCAGUUAUGUAUCUUGCAAUAGGAAUAGCAGCAGGCAUGGGACUUGUGUUUUCACUUUGUAUAAUAAUAUACGUUGGCAAAAGAUGCAGAUCGAGAACUACCGAAUUCAAGACGGUGCGAUAUCCGAAGGGCAUGGAAAAUCCUAUUUUGCGAUAUGCAAAUGACACAAAUAGUAAUCAUGCAACACCAUCAGAACCAGAAAUACUUUAUGAAAUCCCAUGUGAUGCUCAAGAAUCGCCAUUUCGAACAACCCAAAGAAUUUUACAACAGAACUAUGUAAUAAGUAGGGAUGGCUUUCCUUCUAAUUCCUGGAGACGAAAGAACAAUGGAAACCAACAGCGUUAUCGACAACCAGAAGUCAGGAAUAUUCAUCCAUAUUCCGAAAGGUCAUAUGGGGAUACAAGUUAUAUUAUUCAUAAUGUUCGUGCACAAUGCCAUCCGUCUGCUAACCCACAAGGUCAGCCAAUAGACAUAACUUAUACUGGAAGUCUAGAUACAAGGCUACGAAAGCCAUCACAAAAUCAUCAAAAUAGUGAUGUCAGACUUUCGGACACAUAUAGUUUGCCUGAGCAAGGCCGAAAACUCAGUGAACCCAUUUUGCAUGUUGAUACAAGUGACUUGUAUGCAUGCGUGCAGAAAGCAAUGCAAGACUCUGAAGAUGACUACUAUGAUAACAAUGAUCCAAACAUUCGUGUAACUGUAUGCUAAUAUGCGUUAUGCAUUGAACGUGUAACAUAUUGCAAAAAAUAUAAAAAAAUACGUAAACCACAACAGUCUCAGUCAUCUAUAUAUAUAUACAAAUGUUUGAAUGUUUGAAUUCCAUUUACAUUAUGUCAAAUUCUAAGCGAUACUAUAUUUACAAACUUUUUUCUAUCAAACAUAUUAGCACAACAACAGUAUAUGUUUGAUCAUUGAAUGCACACCACAAUAAUAUCAUAGUAUGUUCUACGUACAUUUGUUUUUCGUUUGUAUUUGCAUUUUCCGCACAGAUUUCAAAAUGUUUUUGUAGUCGGAUAAACAAAAAAAUAUAUAUAUGUAUAUAAGUGGACACCUAUAAGCAUUGUAUUUUUUUCACCUAUUUUACAAAUGUAUCAAUGAAUUUAUAUAUAGUUUUAAUUCCAUUAACGGUACCAAUUAAUGAGGAUGUUCUCCAGUGUGUCACUUCAAUAACGUUGACUUCAAGUUUUCAUUAUUCAGUAUGCCUCAUUCUCCUUUUGUAUCAUCCACGGUAAAUAUAUUCACUGGAAGUCGUUAUAUUUUAUAACAAACAAACAAAAAAAAAAACGAAUGUGACAUAUUAUUACGAAAAUUACAAGGGGAUAAUCAAAAAUCAUAUGUCCAAUAAAAAUAGACAACACCAUGGCAAAAACAAAAACUAAAACGAUGAUGAGAUUCCUCAAUGGGUCUUCACCGAAUGAAACUUGUCAGUAAAUGUUUAAUACCACGAGCAACACGACGGCAGCCACAUGUCCUGAUAUAAGUGUCUGAGCAGAAAGUUGAUGAACCAGGGUUAUAUUAAAGAACGUCUCGUCCUUUUUCUAAAAAAAAAUCCUCGGAAGAUACCUUGUUGAUAAAUAUUCCGUAUCAACUUCACAAAUAAUACACGAUAGUCUUGAAGUAUAGAUUCUAGGUACUGACGUUGUUUAUUAUCUUAAUUACAUUUUAUAGUGUUCUUUUAUUUGUCUUUGUAAAUUAUUAACAUUACUGUUUAGUCCAUUUUUGGUAAUAUCCUUUUGGCGUGGCUCGGUACUUGUACAUCCCGCCAAUGUGUUUUGUGCUAUGGUCAUUUUUUGUAUUCCUGUCUUUCAUUUUUGCUUAUGUGCUUUGUCUAUAUGCAUUUUGUUUUUCAUUGUUGCCAUGUUUGUUUGUUUUAUAGUGAUUAAGAUUAUAACACAAUAUUGA